GGAAAGCAUUACAAGCAAUAAAAGAUACCUGGCAAGGGUAUGACGGGGAUGGCACAUGGAGGGAAGACGGAAGAUGUGACGGCAUGGCGAACAUCACUUGCAACAACGAAUACCAGGUUGUCAGCCUUCGAGUAAAAGAUGCUGCAGUUUCAGGAAGCAUACCAACACUUCUUGGGAAUGUCAUCCAUCUGACAGAACUGGACCUUUCCAACAACCGACUCAGUGGCAACUUUCUAUCGACUGUCACACGGCUGACCAACUUGGUAAAAUUGAGUUUGCGGAGUAAUUUGUUCAAAGACAACCUGCCAGGAGCCGUUUCAGGAUUGACUCUAUUGAAAGAGUUGAACAUCAGUGCGAAUGAGUUCACUGGUCAGAUCCCACAAUGGAUUUGUGGCAUGAAGGGCCUGACCUACCUAAUGCUGGGAGGAAACAUCUUCGACGGGCCCAUUCCUGAGUGCAUGUCAAGUCUAACAAAUCUUAUUACUCUGUCCUUGCAGCGAAAUCGUUUUUCUGGAGAGGUGCCCUCGUAUCUGGGGUCUUUUAAAAGCCUUAAAAAUCUGGAUCUAGGCUACAACCGUUUCUCGGGAAGCAUACCAUCUUCAAUACUGCUAAUGAAGUCUCUCAGAUAUGU